AUGAGCACGGACACGGCGGUUUUAUUUCUCACCGUCCUUGGAAUAUUGAUUACUGGAAUCAUUAUUGCCAUCUUCGGAGUGAAAUAUAUGUUAUACGUGACAAGCUUGGAUGCGUUUACCGGUUUUGCCGUUUCUUAUAGUAGACCGCUUGAAAUGAAGGAUUCUUCUGAUUGUUCAAUUCUUCAAAAGAAUAUCUUCGCUAAUGGUAGACCGAUAGCAUUGAAGGAUUCUUCUGAUUAUUCAGUUCUUCAAAAGGAAAUCCUCGCUAAUCAGGAUUCUAGUCAUCCUUUCUGUGAAUUUAAUCCUUCCGAGUCUUUAAACCAAUAUGUAUCCAGGUCCUAUGUUUUGGACGCUGACGUCCCUUAUUUAUCCCGCAACUCCGUUUCUUUGGAUGAUAAAUAUACUGAGCCAAAUUUUACUUUGUAUCAUCAUGUCAGUGAUCUCAACAAGGACGAAAGAUUAAGUCUCGUUGAUGUUCUCAAUGAUAAUCGCCUCUUGAACAAAGAUGGCAACUUCUCUGUUAAGCAAGUCUUAAAAGAUUACGUUUCGCUUUACAGGCGUAUACGAUCGUAUGUCAAAGGCCAAGUACCAAGAAUUGUCUCAUUGAAGUUCUACUUGGAAAAGAAAAGUUUUACUGUCCAAAACGACCAGGCUACGGUGCAUUUACAAAAGCUUGAAAAACCGUUCAGAAAUGUUGACCUUGGAAAUAUUAGUAACACCAAGCGCUUGGAGUCUUCGCUUCUUGUGGUGUCGAUAUUUGUUGGCUGUUUUGCAGUUUGGAUGAACGUUUGGCAUCAGACGUCAAAUCCCUUAUACUUUCACAUCACCCUCUGGUUUUUUAUGUACAAUGUGAAUGCAUUUAUGAGAUACCCAUUUAGCUUACUUUUGGAAUACUGGCUUAACAGAAAUGACUUAGUUUCUUCUUUAUUAAUUACUUUAAGCAUUUUCUUCCAAAUAUUUGGCAAAGCCUUCGAACGUUCAUUUUACUUAGCUUUACCCUUCUACGUACAGCAAGUACCAGAAGUCGCGUUUGUGAAAAUUAAAUUCAUACUCGCUUAUGUUUUAUGUGAAAGAGUACUUCCAAUACUCUUGACAUAUUUAGUUUUUAUAACUAAAAGCUCACCUAGUGUCAAAAGGAUUUGCUACUGUGUGCAAUUUUUUGGUUGGCAUUUUAUCAAUAUUUAUUGGGUUCUUGCAGGGACAUUAGAAGGAUGUAUUAACAUAAUUGGGAGAUGCCAUUCUACAAAGCAAUCAUUUCCUUCUUUUUAUGCAGUUUUUUUGAUAUCCGAAGUUGUUGAAACUAUAUUGACAAACAAAAUAUCUUCGGCUAAUUAUCAGUUGCUCCGUUAUUGUAUAAAUUCUCUGAGGUUUCUUUGCUUUUCGUACACCUUUCAGAUUUUCAAUUGGCACAAUCUAGUAGAUGGCAUUCUUGCGUUGGUCAUACAGGCAAAGAGACUUAUUUGA